AUGGCCCGGCAAAAGGGUACCACUCUCAACGUCAAGGUUUACGCUACGCUCCGUCGCAAAGACAACGAAACGGGCGAGGUUAAAACUCAAGAAGUUUUGUUUGGCGAAGUUCCGAUGAUGACUCAGGGCGGCAACUUCGUCGUUAACGGAUCAACCAAGGUGGUCGUAUCGCAGCUAAUUCGUUCGCCGGGAGCAUACUUUGAAAUGGAUGCUCGGAAAGGGUCUGACAAAGACCUUUUCAACAAGUUGGAAAUCAUCCCCAAACUAGGUAUGUGGAUCCGAGUUUUCCACAAAGUGACUAAGAGCAAGUCCGACGUAAAAGUUUCAAUUGACAAAAACAACGUUUCGCUCUCAACUUUCCUACGUGCUUUUGGAAUGACUAAAACUGCUAUCGCUGAACUUUACGGAACUAGUCCAGCGCUAGUGGAAAUGUUUGCUAAGUACGAUCGCAAAGACCGUCGCAAAGAUAAGAAAGAGAACUGGAAGGAGUUUUUUGACGCUCUGCCAUCUCUAUUUGGUUCCACGCCUGUUUUAGCUGAAACGCUCCGCAAGGAUAAAAAGGAAACCGAGAUCGACGCACUUGAUUACGUGCACGGUAUUUUGAAAAAAGGCGAUCGGAUCACCAACGAAUCGCGCCGUAACUUGUUCGUCAACUUUCUUUUUAACAAACGUCGUUACGACCUUCUCAAAACGGGUCGGUUUUUGAUUAACAAAAAACUGAACCUAGUAGACCGCCUGGAAGGGACUAUUUUGGCUCAGGACUUAGCGACCGUUUCUGGCAAAGUGCUCUACAAGGCCGGCACGCCGAUUGAUUUUAAGUUGGCCAAAGAAAUCCAAAGUCAGUUUGACGAGGGCGUUUUACCGACGGUUGACAUUCCGGAAAUUUCCACCGAUGUUUACGAACAGCAAAAAAAUCCCCUCAAAAUUAUCGCUAAUGACCCUCAAUCCGACGAAGAACACCUACUUAUCUCCGACAUUGUCGCGGCGAUCGGUUACUACUUCAAUUUGUUAGAAGGGAUCGGCACCGAGGACGACCCCGACUCGCUUGUUAACAAACGGGUAGUUACGAUCGGCGAACUACUCCAGAACCAAUUCCAAAUCGCGCUGACUAAACUUGAGCGCAGUGCUAAAGAAAGAAUGUCGGCUAACGAGCCCGAUAAAAUCACAGUUAAAAACAUCACUAAUAACAAGAUUGUUUACAACCAGUUCAAAACUUUCUUCAACUCUUCCCAACUUUCGCAGUUCAUGGACCAAGUUAACCCGCUGGCUGAGAUCGCUAACAAACGUCGGAUCACUUCGCUCGGCCCGGGUGGCCUAAACCGCGAGACAGCCAUCAUUGAGGUUCGCGACGUUCACGCGACUCACUACGGAAGAAUUUGCCCGAUCGAAUCGCCCGAAGGUCCUAACAUCGGACUAAUUCUUAACUUUGCCACUUACCCCCGCAUUAACCAGUACGGUUUUAUUGAAACCCCUUACUUUCCGGUCGAAAACGGCAAAAUCAUUCGCGACGCAAUUUACUUGUCGGCUAGCGACGAAAAAGGUAAAACUUUCGCUCAAUCAUCAAUUGCCGUCAACCAGGACGACCAAAUCGUUGAAGCCAACGUGGUAGUGCGCAAAGACGGCGAUUACAUCAUCGUCCCCCGCAAGGAAGUUAAUUACGUGGAUGUUUCUUCGCGUCAGAUGACUUCUAUUUCUUCGUCUUGCAUUCCUUUCCUAGAAAACGACGACGCUAACCGGGCUCUGAUGGGUGCUAAUAUGCAGCGCCAAGCCGUGCCGCUUUUAGAGUCGGAGGCACCCUUAAUUGCGACUGGCGCUGAGGCAGACAUCGCACGCUUUUCGGCCUACAACAAAAUCGCUGAGGAAGAUGGACAAGUUAGCUACGUUGAUUCGCAAGUUAUCAAAGUUAAAGGUAAGAAGAGCGUGCGCACUUACUACUUGAGAACGUUUGAACGCUCUAACCAAGGAACGCUGAUUUCACAGCGUCCAAUCGUUAAAGAGGGUGAAAAAGUUCAGCAAGGCCAAGUGCUAACCGAUGCUUCUUCGUUUGACAAAGGUGAACUAGCGCUGGGUAAAAACGUGGUUGUUGCUUUUACCACUUGAAACGGUUAUAACUACGAGGAUGCGAUCAUCAUUUCCGAACGUCUAGUCCGCGACGACGUUUACACAUCGAUUCACAUUGAAGAGCAAACGAUUCAGUUUCGCAAGGCCAAAUCGGGCGAUGAUGAACUGAGUCGUGAUUUACCAAACGUUUCCAACUUUGCCAAACGUAACUUAGACGAUUCGGGGAUUGUUCGCGUCGGAUCGGAAGUUCAAGCUGGUGACGUUUUAGUCGGUCGGAUUUCACCUAAGAGCGAAGACAAUCCAACGCCGGAAGAAAAACUAAUCGCGGCGAUUUUCUCCCAGCGCGCUAAAAACAUUAAAGACACCUCUUUAAAAGUUAAGCACGGCCACGGCGGAACCGUGAUUGACGCGCAAGUACUUUCGCGUGAGAACGGUGACAAACUGCAAGACGGCAUUUCGAUGAUUAUCAAAGUUUUCAUCGCUCAAAAACGCAAAAUCAAAGUCGGCGAUAAAAUGGCGGGACGCCACGGUAACAAAGGGGUCAUUUCCCGGAUCUUACCAGUUGAAGACAUGCCUUGCCUGAGCGACGGUACGCCGGUAGAUAUCAUGCUUAACCCGCAGGGCGUUCCCUCGCGGAUGAACAUCGGACAAGUUUUGGAACUCCACCUUGGCAUGGCGGCUCAGGCGCUCGGAGUUAAGUUUGUUUCACCUGUUUUUGACGGCAUCAAGUACCACGAUGUGCGCGAGGCUCUCCAAGAGGCCAACUUACCGAUUGACGGUAAAUUUGAUCUUUACGAUCCGAUUCUCGGCGCUAAGUUCGCCCAAAAAGUUUCAGUCGGUGUGAUGUACAUGCUUAAACUGGCCCACAUGGUUGACGAUAAAAUGCACGCUCGCUCGGUUGGUCCUUACUCGCUGAUCACUCAGCAACCGCUGGGUGGUAAGUCUCAAAACGGUGGACAACGUUUUGGUGAGAUGGAAGCUUGGGCGGUUGAAUCGUACGGAGCUUCUAACGUACUGCAAGAGUUAUUAACUUACAAAUCGGACAACAUUGAUGGUCGAAACAAAAUUUACAACGCUUUAACUAACGGCAUGCCUUUGCCUCGACCGGGUACGCCCGAAUCGUUCUCGGUUUUGGCUUACGAACUGCGCGGACUGUGCUUAAAACUCGGCGUUGAAGUUAAGAAGGAAGAGUAG